UCUCUUCGCGCAUGGCACACAGUUGAUUUGCUACAAGUAAAAUCACGGUCUUUGCGGCGAAUCAUAUAAUAAAAUCAUGAUGAUUCGAUUGAUUUUCAGUUUCGUGAUUUGCAUUUUUGUUACGGCGAGCUUUGUGGAUACGUAUCCAUACAAAUAUAACGAUAAUAAUGUACUUGAGGAACAGAAUGUGAAUCUUAUGCAAUUGCUAAUAGAUAUAUUUCAUCGUGGUUAUAAACAAAAAGAACAAGGUUAUAACAAGGAAAAUCGUAGAAAUAUUGACAAUGAUCUUGAGAAUUGGACUGGACGUUGGAUGCCUGAUAGACCUGAUGAUGGAACACCACCACCUAAAAUAUUGAAGAACAAACGAUUAUAUGAAUAUGAAUCUAUCACAGAAUUUCCUCACGAGAUGUACAUGGGCCAUGUAUCACCAGAAUGUGACGAUGCUAAGACAAACUUAACUAUCGAUUGGGAUCAUACUCCAGCAGAAUAUACAUGUUAUGGUCAUAAGAUCACACCAAGCAAUAUUUCUCCAAAGAUCUACUGUGAAAACAUUCCAAAGAUGUAUAAGGCUCCUCACAAAUGUAUGAACCAAAAAAUCGAAUAUGACGACGAUAUUCCUAUUUAUGGUCCACAUAGACCUUUAUGGCCAAUUUAUGGAGAAUACAAAUUUUUGCCAAAACAGAGAUGGUUACAUAAUCUUGAGCAUGGAGCGAUCGUCAUGUUAUAUCAUCCAUGCGCGAAUCCACUGGAAGUAGAACGUUUGAAAAAUCUGGUUAAUAAGUGUCUCUGGCGACAUAUUAUCACACCAUACAGUUACCUAGACGAGGAACGUCCUUUAGCGCUUCUAUCCUGGGGCUGCAGAUUGACUAUGUCUUAUGUAGAUCCUAAACUAGUAACUCAUUUUAUACGGAAAAUGGCUCUUAAGGCUCCAGAAUGGCGGAUCGCGGAAGAUGGUCAAUUUGAGGACGGAUUACUCAGUCAAUCAGACAUAGUAUCGGAUACAACGGAUUCCGUGCUUUGUCCUAAUAUAUAAGUAAAUGUAUUAUAUAUGUAACACAAUGAUAUUUCUUAUAUUUCCAAGCUCGUAAUUAGUAUGUAAUUUCUGUUAUAUUUUGUACAUAUUAUUUUAUUGACUACUCAAAUAGUCAUCGUCUGUUUUCCAUUAUAUAUAAUAUUUAGUUAGAUGUGUGAAAAAUAUUUAUUUGCAAUAUUUUGAUUACUUAGAGUAAGUGAACUUCCCUAUAUAAUAUAUACAUAUAUAAUAUACGAUAUCUUAUAGGAAGUAUAUGGAAUAAUAACAAAUGAACUCAUAUAUAUAUAUA